UUUGAAUAUUCUACUGUAUCAGUAAUCAGAACUGUAGCAGGUGGUGCAUUCCAGGUUCAUUCUCAUCCCGAUAUUCAACUACUAUUUGAAGAGACACGUCAGUUCUGAAAUCAAUUCAUGAUGGCCGCUACGAUGAAAGGUACCGGUUGCAUUCAUAAUACGUCUUCAAAGAGUCUUCUAUUAGUAAUUUUUGCAGUUUUAUUGUGCAGAGUAAAUUCGGAACAGAAAAGAAGAUACGCGAGUGCUGUUGAAUGUGAUCGUCAUUCCUUGGAUGCUGUUUACUAUGAAAAAUUCAAACCAAUUACAGACAAUAUUUUUGCAGACAGCAAAGAAUUUGUGAGUCGAGUGUGUGAUUUAGUAGCAGACAGUUUGACUACAGUCAUGGCUGACCUGCCAGACCGAGAUGCUUCCAGCGACGAAGAAAAGAAAGUAUACACCCAAUUUAAAAACGUGAAAAAUAUCUUCUCGAGCAAAGUAAAGAAGGCUUAUAGAAAUAUUACUGAAUGUUGGGAGUCUCUGGUCACGAGUAACUUUGAUCUUCUGUUCGACAACGGAAAAUGCACAUUAGAGAAAUACCUAGACAAAAUUCACAAUUUAACAGAUGCUUACCUCGAAGCUCGGUUAGCUUUGGAUAAAAACAUGGCUGAAGUCGUUGGCUUCAUAAAGGGUACCAUUAAGGAUGGCAUAAAGGGUAUUUCUGCUGCAGCCGUAGAUGCCAUCAAGAGGGAAGCUCAGAAACUGAAGGAAAACUCCACUGAAGAAAAAAAGGUAGAAGAAAAGGAAGACCCUAAAGAAAAAUUGAAGAAAAAGAAGAUUGAAAUCACUGAGAUGAUCGUUCCAGGAUUUCUUGGUAAACUAACAGUUGAAGCGAUCAAGCGCGAUUUGGAUUUACAGAAAGAAAUAGCAAUAAAACCCGAAGACAGAGAUUCUGUUUUGGACGAUAUGCGAUUUGAUAUUUUAAUGAUCAGGAAUCGUAUGCGAGCCAUCAUCAAUACUGAUUUUCCUAAGGAUAAAGGGUCCAUCGACUUGGCCAGGCGAAGCAUCUACACUUAUUGGGCAGACAUGGCAGUUGAAAUGUACAAGGAAAAGAUCAGAGCGAAGAAAGCGGCUCCCGGUGAAGCAGAAACGUAUUACAAGAAGCUGUGGAAUAAUGAGGACGAAUUAGGUGAUACUUUGCUGAAUUUGAUAGAAGUAUACAGCUAAAUUCAAGGAAAAAUUGAGAAAAUAGAGGGCCAUUUUUUCAUCAAGCCACCAUAGGUCAGAGCAUAUGAAAACAUGCCGAAAAUUCAUCAUAUUCCAUAUUUAUAAUUAAUUCAUCCCAUCAGCAUUUCUCUGAAUAUCCUCAUUAUUCUGUAUGUUCCAUUUUUCUAUAUAAGGUGUUUUUACUUAUGAGUACAAUAAAAUACUGGGAAAAGUUCUUAA